AUGGAAGAAAAUGUUUAUGAUCGACCAAUGAUAUCUCAUGAAGAAAUAUGUUAUGAAGGAUUUGGUAGUAUAAAUGAAGAUGUUGAGGAUGAUUCUGUUGAUAGUUUUCUGACAAAACCUAAUAUCGUGUUGCUUAGAAACAGUUUGUCCGCACAAUUUGACGACUCUCUGUGUUAUCGCGUGUCUCGGGAUAGUAAAGAAUAA